CUCUUUAAUCUCCUUCUUGCACUCUUUCUCCCUUCAUCCUUCACUGUUCUGUGUCCACCACCUCUCCAACUUCACCAGCUGUGCCACCCAGCAAUAAUGCAACUCGCCUCUCUCCUCGCAUCCGCCCUCACCAUCGCUGCCGCAGUGGCCCAAGGCUCUCACACGGAGUGGAAGCCCCCAGGCCACGAUGACUUCCGCGGCCCCUGUCCCAUGAUGAACACUCUGGCGAACCACGCCUUCCUCCCCCACGACGGCCGCAACAUCACCAAGGCCAAUGCCGUGCACGCCCUCUCCUCGGCGCUGAACUUCAACGAGUCGCUUGCCGCAUUCAUGUGGGAGCAGGCUGUGUUUAUUAAUCCGGAGCCGAAUGCGACUUACUUCACUCUCGACAUGCUCAACAAACACAACGUCCUCGAGCAUGACGCCAGUCUCAGCCGCGCCGACGCCUACUUCGGCAACAACCAUCGCUUCAACAAGACCGUCUUUGACUGGACGAAGCAGUUCUGGACCGCGCCGACGCUGACGGCGCAGAUGCUCGCGAACAGCAAGCUUGCGCGGCAGGUGUUUUCGCGCGCCUUCAACCCCACGUACUCUUUCACGGAGAGCAACGAGCAGUUCAGCGUCGGCGAGGUCAGCGCGCCAAUUGUUGCUUACGGUGAUCUCCAUGCUUUUACUGUUGACCGUGAUUUUGUCGAGUACUGGAUUGAGAACGAACGGUUCCCCACAGAGCUGGGUUGGAAGGUGCGCGAUGAGGUUGUGGGUAUUAUGGAUAUUUUGAGGCUGUCCAAGGCGAUUACGGAUGCUGGCAACUUGAUUACGGGCGAGAAGGCUGGCAAUGGCAGUAGUAAGUCCGCGGCGAUGGCUGUGAUGCAGCGGAGGGAUCUGCACUCUGGGUUUGGUGCUGGGUUUUAGUUCUUCAUUGCGGUGAUAGCUCCCUGCCUGCGUCCUUGCAGCAAUGGCAAAUAACACCAC